GUGAAAUAUUUCUACUUAUUCGUUAAGAUUCAUCUUGUGUAUGCACGUAAUUGCUGAGAUAAAGUGGAUUAAGUGAUAUCUUUAUAAUAUGGAUAACAUGGAAAUAUCAACUGAACCAUCUUUUCUUGAAGUCGAGCUUCCACAAACGCUUCUUGAGUCACCAUCAGUUUCCACUUUUUUACCAGAUGAAGAAGCCUCUAUAUGUCCUUUGCUUUCCAGCAACAGCGCUUUAGGCCAAAGUUUAUUAUCUCACCCAUUAUGCCCAAAUAUUGUUGCAAGUGAUAUGACCUCAUCUAAUAUAAGUAAUACAGACUGUAAAGCUGAUACAAGUUCUUCUGGAAGUAGUACAGGCAUCGCAAUGGAUGCAAUAGAGGCGACGUCAAGCCUUUUUAACACAGUCAACUAUCAUCAUCUACAAAACAACAACAUUACAACUCAGGAUGCCAGCAGUCACUGCUUGAAAGGAAGUAGAAGUCAAUCAAAUGACACUCCAUCUUUUGUAUCUUGGAAAUGGCCACUAAUUAGAAAAUGUACAUUUUUCUUGUUUGUUUCUGUAAUUUUGGCAAUAUGCUCAAUAGUGGUUGCUACCAUUGUCAGUAUGCCAAGAACAUGUAAUCCAAAAACUGCUUGGUACCGAGGAAGCGUUCUCUAUGAAAUUGAUCCGGCUUUCUUUAAAGACACUGAUAAUGAUGGAAUUGGCGAUAUUAAUGGAAUAAUAAACGGAAUAGAUUAUUUGGCGAAUUUAGAAAUAUCUGGAGUGCGACUCAACUCUAUUUUUCCAUCUGACGUUCAUUAUGAUAGCCAUAUUAAUGGAACAUCGAUAAAUAUAAUAAGACCCGAACUAGGAAACCUGAGUAGUAUUUGCCGCUGCAACACGUGAUUGCUGCUCGAAGAAAUGCUGAAGCUCUUGAUGUUAUUUCUAAAUCGAUUCUACAUUGGAUUGAUCAGGGAGUUAAUGGGUUUUAUUUAAAGGGACUUGAAACGUCUACAAAUACAGAAGUACUCUUAACGUUUCUGUCAGCUUGGAAACGUAUACUCGGGCCAAAUAGAGUACUUAUUGUGGGAGAAAAUCUUUUAAAAAAUAAAUCAAAACCAGAACUAUCUGCUAUGUUGGAGCAUAUCGAUUUGGUUGACUUUGUUUUAGAUAUUGAAAAUGAUUCCCAAAAAUUUAAAAAUUACACAGAUUAUAUUUUGUCGGAAAUGCCAAUUGGUGACGACAGAACUUGGGUUCACUGGUCGAUCGGAGGAAAAAACUUGAAUAGGCUUAAUAUGAGUCAACCUAUUAUAUCGAAAAUGUUUGCCGCAACAAUUAUGCAGCUCAUUUUGCCGGGGACACCAAAUAUAAUGCAUGGAAAUGAAAUCGCCAUUGCUCAGAGCAAAAAUCACAACUAUUCAGGACAGCUGACUCAACUUUUGGCUGACCAAUUGUAUACUUUACCGAAUCAAGCGAUGAAUAUGAAAUCACUGGAGAAACUAAAAAUAGUACAUAGGAUGAUAGCGUUACGCGAACAUUCACCAUCAAUUUACAAAAGAGUUAUUUGCAAAGCUAACAAGAAUAAGUCAAACACUCAUAUACUGACACACAGCAGUGCCGACAUUCUGAUAAUAGUGCGAAAUUAUCCACGUAAAAAUUCAUUUGUAUCAAUAACAAAUUUCGGAAAUACUAAAGUUCAUUUAGAUUUAACAUCAAAGUUUUAUAGUGGAACGCAAAUGCUUGUUAUUGGAUCAAAUGAUAAAAUAUAUUUUAAGCAACUUUUAGUUGAUGCAUUUA